AUGGGUGUUAUUGCUGCCAGUCCUCGCAAACCUAUUUUAUCACCAACUGUUGUUCGUCUAGCCGCCAGAAUACUGGCUACGUUGGCCAUGCUCGUGGCAUUGGUGGCUUCUUACGCUUUAGCAUCAAUGGUUGAAGGCGGAAAAUUGCGCUGGAGUAGUUCCAUUAUGGUUGUGGAUCGAUUUGACCAAUGGAUUCUUGGAUUCGCACUGUUACCCAUGUUCAUUGCCACACUAUCUACCUUUUUUAGCGAUCCAAAUACACCAGAUUCUAUAGUCACGGGAAGAAACGACGAGUACACAAUAUCUGCUGAUGGUCGGUCUUCCACCGCCCACUCCACUCCACUUCAUUGCUCUGGUUUCUGGAAUCCCCGUUUCAAAUUCCUUGGUAAAUACAGCACUCUUUUCAAACCAUGGUCUCAAGGAGAUAUUAUGAUUACCUGUUUGCUUGUCAUCUCCAAUAUUCUAUGGUGGAUUGCUCCUGUGAUUACUCGUCUGUAUCUAAAACCCUCAAAAACACUUUCCACUCCCCGCGGCAUGCUUGCUCGAUUUGCAAUUUGGGCCGCCAUGGCUGGUUUGUGGAAUGCUGCAAUGGCUAUUGUAUUUGUUGUUCGUGAGAAUCAUAUUACCAAAAACAUUGUUGGCAAGGAUGCUGGCCAGUUUCAUCGUGGUCUCCGAUAUCACAUUGCCUUGGGAUACACGAGCUUUGUCCAAAUUACCUUUCAUGGCACAUAUUACCUUACUAUCAUGGUGAUAGAUGGUGCUUUUCCCAAUGAGAUACUGCCAACUCUCAGUGACACUGGCUAUUCCAACUUUUUUGGAUUUCUAGCUUGGCUUUCUUUGAUGCUUAUGGCUCUGACCUCUAUCUUUAAAGUGCGUCGUGCCAACUACCGCAUCUUUUAUUGGACGCAUCAGCUUUAUACCUGUUUCCUGCUUUUUGCGUUCAUGCACCAAACUAGAACUUGGUAUCCAGUUAUGGCUUCACUCGUGUACUUUAUCUUUGAUCGGCUUUUACCUCGCCUUAAAACUCAGCGCACCACAUCUGCUCUGCUCACUCGUGUUUCUCCGUCAGUAGUUCGGCUGGAUAUUGCCAUCUUGCAAACCUAUGCAGAUUCUUGUACAUAUUCUCCUGGCAGUUGGGUCAAUAUACUUGUUCCCUCAAUUUCCCAUUUCAAUUGGCACCCAUUUUCUAUCUCCUCCAGUCAUCAUCUUACUCCUCGCACCGUUACUCUAUAUAUCAAGGCUCGAGGUGCAUGGACUACGCAGCUGCACGCUUCGUCAACCGGCUUAGGUGUCAUGGUUCCAAUUAAGAUGGACGGAUUUUUUGGGUCGCGCAACAACAGCUACUUGUCCUACCAACACCUUGUUGUUGUGGGUGCUGGAACUGGUAUUGCUACUAUAAUCCCCUACAUAUACAGCUAUGCCCAACAUACUCUGGGGAAAAUCACGGUAUUUUGGUUGGCUCGCACUGCUGUUGAAGCGUGCGCAUAUCGUUCUCUACUUGAAGCUCUCUCUGAUCCCAAUUCACCACUUGCUGGUCGUGUCGACUUGCAUCUGCAUUUGACUCGCGAGCAGGAUUCUCGUGUAUCUACUAAACACGACCAUCGCAUUGGAUCCGGAUUUAAUGGAAACCCGAACUUUGCUUCCACCCUUUCUAAAUCUGUUGGCUAUGAACAAUCAAGCACAACUACCAAACCAUCCUACCGUUUGUCCGCCAUUUUUCUUUCCAUAAUUGUAUUUAGUGCUGCAGCUGUGGGAUACGUUAUUGGACGUACCUAUGUUCCCGCAUACAAUGCCGAUGAAUGCAAUGCCGACGAAGCAUACACGCUUGUUGGACUUUCUCACUUUAUGUGUUGGUAUUAUCCCCAAUGGGCACCUACUGGAUUUGCCUGUCUAUUUGCUGCUAUCAGUGGUCUUGCCUUUGUAUGGAUGGUCUCACUAAUGAAGCAAACUGAUGCUGCUGUUUCAAACGUGGAGCCUAUUGAUGUCACUCCCGCAUCUUUCGAGUGGUUCAAGGAACGCUUUACCUGGGUCGCUCAUCGGCCAAACUUUGCCUAUGAGCUUGAAUCAGUGUUCAACUUUUAUAAUAGUAUCGAGAAUCAGUCUAACAUUAAGAUUGCUGUGAUUGCCGGAGGUCCUGAGCGUAUGGUUCGUGAUAUUGAAAAUGUGGUGAUUGAUCACGGUCAAGCCUUUUUCCGCGAGUCUUGGAAAAUGUAG